AUGGAGGACGAGCCGCAAGACCAGCAGCGCCACGCCCCCGUCGAGCCGCCCACCUUCAAGGCGCCGCGCAUGGUCUCGCGACCCAAGCCGCCGCAGCAGCAAGAGGAGGAGAUUGGUUCUGAGCUCAAGCUGGGCGACUUCGAGGGCGAGCAGCCGCUGUCCAUAUCCGAGGCGCGCGCAGUCGUCACGGCGGUGCAUGAAAAGCGGAAACUGAAAGCCCGCGAGGGCCAGGGUGUGCUAGGCGACAGGACGCACAACGACAGCCAGUCUAUCCAGCAGUUUGUCGAUUACCUCGAGAUGUUUGCGCGGUACAAGGAGCUCAACAACUUGACUGCCAUGGGCGGCGUGCUCGAUGCGAAUCCGCAGUUCACCAUGGCGGAACGCGCUAUGCUCGGUAUGCAGGGUGGGCUCUUUGAAAUGUGCGAUUGGCUGACCUUGUAG